GCCGGAAGCGGAAGCGGUGUCCGUUGUUCCCUCCUGCUGUCCUUAGUGCUGUUCACUCCUGCUGUUUGAAUGAGACCUUCUAUAUGUGAUUAAAUUAAUAUUCAGAUACUUUAAUUGGAUAAAAGCAGUCGAAAGUCAUGUCCUCAGACGCUGUGAAGAAGAGAAAGCCGAAGGUCAUCCGAAAUGAAUCAGGAACUCCAGAGACCAAGCGCGGUCGAGCAGAAGGCGAUCAGCUGAGUGCAGUCAGUUCUCUUGUCAAGUUCAGGAAGGUCAGGUUGAGGCAGGUGCAGGUCACGUAUCCAGCCGGACCUCAUCUUAUCGGACAGAGGAAGCCGUUUACAGUAAAGAAUCAGGACGUGCGUGUGUAUAAUGAGGAGGUGGAGCUGGAGGUCAGGGACCCCCAGCAGGACUACAUGCUGUAUAAGAACACGUGUGCCGCUCUGGCCAAACUGAUGGCAGAAAUCCAGGAGCUGAAAGCUGGCGGCGCGAAAGUCGGAAGCGUGGAGAUCGAGGAGAGACGCACACAGUGCAGCGUUCAUUUCAUUACCCUGAAGAAACUCAACCGCCUGGCACACAUGAGACUGAAGAAAGGCCGAGACCAGACGCAUGAGGCAAAGCAGCGAGUGGAUGUUCUUCAUCUGCAGCUGCAGAAUCUGUUGUAUGAGGUCAUGCACCUGCAGAAGGAGAUCGGCAAAUGUCUUGAGUUCAGGUCUCAGCAUGAGGAGAUCGAGCUGGUCAGCGAAGAGGAGUUUUUUCAGGAGGCUCCGGCUGAGAUCUCACGCCCUCAUGUGACCCGUGAUGACCAGCACCAGCUCACGCUCGCCCGCCUGGACUGGGAACUAGAGCAGAGGAAGAGACUGGCGGAGCAGUAUAAGAUGUCUCUGGCUAGAAAGGAGAAGAUCCAGAAAGCCAUUGAGCAGAAGAGAGAAUAUCUGAGCAGCCUUCAGCCUGGACUGCAAAACAUCAUGCAGGCGUCUCUCCCAGUGCAGGAGUAUCUGGCGAUCCCGUUUGAGCACAUGCAGAAGCAGGCCGAGGUCGCCCGUCACCUGCCGCCCCCUCUGUACGUGCUGUUAGUGCAGGCGGGUGCGUACGGACAGGCUUGCGACAAGAACCUGUCCGUGAGCAUCAGGGGAGAUGUGGAUGAGGCCAAAGCUCUCUCCAGGCCCCCGGAGGACUCACAAGAUGAUGAAAGUGAUUCGGACGCUGAAGAGGAGCAACAGAACACAAAGCGCCGGCGCGCGACUUCAGGUGUUCAGCUGGAUGACAAGCGUAAAGAGAUGCUGAGACGCCACCCUCUCUCUCUCUGCGUGGACCUCAAGUGUAAAGACGGCAGCGUCCUGCAUCUGUUUUUCUAUUAUCUCAUGAAUCUCAACAUCCUGACGGUGAAGACCAAGGUUUCCACGAGUGCGGAUCUGUCCGGAGCCGUCAGCGCUGGAGAGCUGCUGAACUCUGAGAGUCUGCUGAACUGUCUUUAUGCGUCCGAUCACGGCAAAGAGACGCCCAACCCUGCCAACCGCUACCAGUUUGAUAAAGUCGGGAUCACUACGUUUGGGGAUUAUGUGUCGGAUCUCGGACAUCCGUAUGUUUGGGUGCAGAAACUGGGCGGCCUGCAGUUCUCCUCUGGUGGUGCACAGUCGGGACUGACAGGCAGCGCUCUGAGCGCCAGUCACAUGGAGAGGACCAUGAAACUACUGCGAGGAAGACUGCAGGCUCGACUGGCCCUACACAAACAGUUCAGCUCACUGGAGCACAGCAUCAUACCCGUCUCCAGCGAGUGCCAACAUCUGUUUCCUGCUAAAGUGGUUUCUGGUCUCAUGCGCUGGACCCUGAUGAGCCAUCAGGAGUUCACUGAGCUGGGCUUCGUGCAGCAUGUGUUGAAGGCGGGUCUGGUGCAUGAGACCGAUCUGUUCUUCAUGGCAGCUGUAGAGAGAGGAACAGCUCGUCUGCUGGCUGCUGUGGUGAUGAACCCGCGUUACCCUGAGGUCGCGCCGCUCUUCUCUCUCUCGCUGCACUGGAAAGGAGAGCGCAGCGGGCGCACCGAUGAUAACCUGCGGGCGAUGGAGAGCGAGGUGAACGUGUUCCGCUCCGAGCUGCAGGGGCCACGUCCAGGUCUCCAGCUCCUGACCAAUCAGAUCCAGCGCUUGUGUGUGUGUCUGGAUGUGUAUCUGGAGACGGAGAGUCAAGUGUGUGACGGGUCUGAGGGACCCAAGGAGUUUCCCCGAGAGAAGAUGUGCUUGCGCACUGCCAGGGGUCCGAGCCGUCUGAAGCCCUUCAAGUACAACCAUCCUCAGGGCUUCUUCAGUCACCGCUGAAUCCGGAUGAGGAUGAACGAGACUGCUUUAGUGUCAUCAGGAGGGGCUGAAAUCCCUCUCUCAUUCUGUUAUCUAGCUUUUAUCUCUAUUCUUUAACCCAUGUUUCUCUGUUUGCACAUAUAAUGUGAAUUAGAAAAUAAAACACUGAUUUUGAUAAGAAAAA